UCACCAUCAUCAUUUCUGUCAUUAUAUUCUAUCGUCGUUCGAAAGCUGAACUAAAAGGAAUAUUAUUACCACUACUACCUCCCCGCAGACAAAAAGGCCGUUAUUGAAUGCCUGAGUCACGAGGAGAUGCUGUGAAAGACUGGUAGACAGUUUGUCAAUUGGUUGCAUCUUAAGCGCAUUUAAACUCGCCGAUUGUUCUCUUGCCAGUCAAGCGACUUCGCAUUUUUUGCCUUGCAGCAGACACCACUGAUUAGAUGGUCGGGAAAAAUCACUGGACAAGAGAUCAAGAAACUUGAGCAGAAAUACCCUGGUUUUUCCCGAACUGCUAAAGCAAGCAGAGGAAAAUUCGGGCAAUUGGUAAAAACUCACAAGGUCAUCAAAACUCUCUUGGACUUGUCAGGAUUUGGUUGGAAUCUCGAGACGCAGUGCCCCACUGCCGACGAUAGUGUUCGGAAGACACUGAAACGUCAGCAGCAGGCUUUCCGAUACAAGCCGUUUGUCUACAAAGACAUCCGCGAAGGCUGUGUAGGUGCGAUGGGGGAGGGAGUAGUGGAUAUAUUGGCACAGAUAGAUAUGCUUGAUGAAGAGGAAGAAGGGGUAGGAGAAGGCUCGACCACUCUGGAGAACAAUGCCGAAUCUUUCCAGGAGGAAAUUGAGGGUCAUGGGAACAGUUUUCAUUGGGAAUCAAAUCAGUCUGAAUCGGAGGAAGAAAGCAAUAAUAUCCCGGAAACUCAAAGCUCCAAUUCCAAGAGUAAAGAAAGGGCGCAGACUUCCGGCCCUAUCCUGUCUCUCUCUACCUCAUUGUCUGCUGGAAGUAACGGAACAUCGACUUCUGCUCGUAAAACUCCAUCUUCUGCCCCAAAAAAGGCCUGCAUCAACUCAAGCCAGAAAGGCAUCGCGUGAUAAGAAGCAGAAAAAUCAGGCUGAGGAGAAGACAGACAAGGACGAGGUUCGAGACCUUGUUGCUGCAUUAUUGCGCAAGGAAACUACUGCUGAGUCAGCCAAUCGGAUCCUCCAAGAGAAUUCCUCGGCAGUCUUUGAGUUCUUGAACACGGAAGUAGAGCAGGGUAGGAUCACCCCUGUCCAGUGUGCAGUGCUCUUCACAUCAGCGCAAGGUCUGAUUGGAACUCGCUUAACGUGGCAGCCAAGUACAGCGGCAUGGCUACGACUAGCAUCAUGCUGCAAGUGCUCGUAGAUAAGUACUGUCCUUUGCCCCAACAGAGGCAUCCCUAUCAGCCUACCACAGGUACUCCAUCGUAUCCCUUGCUGAGCACUCCACCGCACUCCUAUGUCCGAUCAAGCGACGAAUCGACCUCCUAUUACUCUCACCAUCCGCACGGACCCCCUCAUUUCUCUUCGCCCUUGUGUCACGUGGCUAUCGCCACCCGACCUCUUAAACUCCACUUUUACUCAAAACCUCCUCUUCUUCAUGUCAGCGCGAUUAUGACAGUAACCCUUCCUCAUCCACUUCAGUCCGCGUCCGAGCAUACCCCUUCGUUUUCGGCCGCGGCCUUCCCCCGAGAGAUAUACAGAGAUAGAGAGAUCGACAACCCUCCACCACCUUCCUCGCCACCGGGUUUCGGCAAUGCAAAAGGAUGUAGAGCUGGCUGGUGUGGGAAAGAUGACUCAGCAGAGCUUAAGG